AUGGAAGUUGAGUUGGGGAAGGGACCACUUUUGUCCUUUUUUCAGGGCCCCCUAAACUUUUCUUAGAAACGAACUUGAACGAAAAUUUGACCCUACCCCCUAUAGGGGCCCCUUUUAAUUCAACCCCUCUAGGGGUUCUAAACCAGAUUUUCGGGGCCGCUGGAAUUUUUCUUAGAAGUGAAUUCGAGUGAAAUUUGAUCCUGCCCCAUAUUGGGGCCUCUUUUAGUUCAACCCCUAUAGGGGGCCCUAAACCAGAGUUUCGAGGGCGCGAUAGCAAUUGAGUUAGGGGCCCCGGGGCGGGCCCCUACAAGGGACCACAUUUGUCCUUUUAUCAAGGGACCUAUCCGACCCCCUACACUUUCUUAUUCGGCUUUUUUUUCCUAAUCUCAAAAGCAGCAUUGGGGUUUUUAUUUUAACUGUUUAUUUUUCUGGUUCCGAAGGGAUUUUCUCCGACUUUCCACCGAGAAAAUCGAAAUUUUUCGUCGAACCAAGUGGCUCACGGAAAGAUACUAAUGGUUCAGUUUCAUUUCAAUUUGCAAAGAGGGAAAUCAGGUAAGUUUGAAUUAUUUUUUUCUAUUAUUUUCAAGCGAUUUUUUUAUCAUUCGAAGCUUCUUAAAAACCUUUCCGAGAAAAAAACUAUAGAAAUUCAAAAAAACCAAAAACCAAAAACCAAGAAUUUAGAGACAUUUUUUUAUCCAAUAAAAAAAGGGGGGCUUUCUCAUGGGGCGGGUAAACAAAACCGACUAAUUUCCGAAUUAAAAUUUACAUUUUCAGGUCGGCGACCGGUAGAAGGGACAACGACGAAGUUUCAGAGUUUGGCGCCCUUCGGCAGGUAAUUUAGUUUUUUCCCACUUCAUAAAAAUUAAUUUUCAAUUUAAGGGCCGAGCGCAAACAAGGAAGUCAAUGGACGGAGCUUCGAAACGUGCGGAAGGUAAUUUUUUGAGAAAUAUUUUCGUAUUUUGAACUCCUAAUUUCUGAUUGCAUCACGCCCUUUUUCGAGAUUUUUAAGCAGGAUUAGCCAAUCAGAUAGUAUUGUGUUAGAGAGGCUGAACAUACGAACUGAUAUUCAAGAAUUUUUCAAAAUGUAAUCAAAAAUUUUGGUUUGAAAUGUUAUAUUCCGAAACGAAUAUGCAAUUUUAAUUUGCAUAUUUUUUUUCAGAGGUCUACUGGCUCCGGUGGUGCUACUUCGUGAAGAUCAAGAAAAUCGCUGGCUUCAUUAAGGAUUUGAAGAACCGUCAAAAAUUUUCUUAGCUUGUGGUUUUUUAGAGCUGGCAACAGUUGCCUCGACGAGGAAAAGACAGGAAAUUCAGCCUUUCUUAGCUGGCAGAAAGUGAGUUUUCCUUGACCUUUUUGAUACUCUCAACAUUCAAAGUUUUAGAAGACAUUUUUUUUUUUUUUCAAAUUUUUUUCUAGGGGGAUGUCCGGUCGGCGGUCGAGACUUCGAGGCGGCUGUCGAAACGGGAUUCCACGAAAAUCAAUUCACUUCCUACGCGAUUAACUGA